AUGACACAAACAUCGCCUUUCCUCACCUUGCCAGGAGAAAUCAGGAACCAAAUCGUAUCCUACGCCUUUAAUCAUGCACCGGGCAGUAUACCAGCAUCGAGCCUUUCCAGAAGUGCCAUGGCAAUCGCAUGGACUUGUCGCCAGCUGUACACCGAAUACGCCUCUCUUGCGCGCUCACAGAGCGCCAUAUACCCGUUCAAAUGGUUGAGCGCCCAGCACCUAGCAGAAAAAACACAGACCCUGCUCACGACUGCUUGCACCGCACAAAUAACCAAACUUCAAAUUCUCCUACCAGCAUGUCUCGGAGAGCUAUACGUCUGCGAUUCCUCGGCAGCAGCGCGUCGACGCGUAAAAGGGUUUCACUUUGCCGCCGCGGGAUUACCGAACCUAGACGAGCUGUAUUUCCGAUUUCAACGCACAGAUUCUCAUGGCAACGGUGAUGGUAGUGGUAGUGGUGGUGCGGGCAGGGAACUGGUAGUACAUAUGUUGUGGCGCUUGUUGUGGGAAAAAGACUUGUCGCGUCUUAACAAAAUCUGCAUCGUGCAUGAUGGAGCACAGCCAUUUCUUUCACUGACACUACUGCAUGGUAUGCUGGUCACCUUCAAGCCGCUAUAUGUGUCGCGCAGGUGGCAUGUCAAGUCGGAUUUCGAGCAUGGACGGUUGGUAUUUGUAGAGAAGUCUGGGGGUAAGACAAAGAGGAGGAUCGCUGUGCUUGUGGGAUAUAGCUUUCGUGAGGCCGAGGAGUAUGUAAACGUGUGUGAAGAGAUUAUCGAGGACAAGCAUGCUGAUGUUAUCAUUGCUCGGCGGAGAGAUUGCAAACAUGUAGCUCCUUUAGAAGAGAUGACUGAUGCCGAGUUGAGACAGGAAGUUGAUAACCUGCACACUUUGUUUCCAGUGUCUUCGACUGAAGAACCUUUGUUGCAGCCGUACAUUGAAAAAAUACGUGCUAGGUGUAGUGCUAAUCCAUAG